GUCUUCAAGUUUGUAGUUCUGGUCGAGACCAUUAUUUUCCCGAGUGAGGAUCAGAUUAUUGGAAAACAUGGCUGGAAGAAUUGCCCUGGGACGUUCUUUCGUCCGAAAAUACUCUACCGAAACAGGAGCGAAGUUCGAUGUUUAUGCAUCACAGCGUGGAUCAGACAAGGCAGGGAAAAUUUGGAAGAACGUCACCUACUUCGUGGCUCUACCAACAGUUGCACUAGCAAUGGUGAAUACCUAUUUGAUGGAGCAGGAGGAGGCGAAAACUAGGAAGAGACCUGAGUUCAAGCGCUAUGACCAUUUCCGCAUCAGGACUAAGCGUUUUCCAUGGGGCGAUGGCAACCACACUCUCUUCCACAACCCCUACAGGAAUGCUCUCCCCGAUGGCUACGAGACUGAGGAGGAGGAGCACCACUGAGAAAAUCACCCCGAAAAUUUUCAGUGAUAAUAAAUCGUCAGUGAUUUCUAGAUUCGUUCUAUAAUUAUUACAUAUGAAUGUGAAUAAAUUAACAUGAAUAAAAAUUCAAUCAGUAAAAUA